GUGGCACAAUCUAUGUCAUGAUUGGAGUUAUUGUUGUUUUAGUUAUUUUUGUUGUUGUUGCUGUAUAUUUUGCUGUUCGCCACAAUGUGCCCAGUGUUAGCCAAAAAAGAUGGAGUGCACGAGCAGGCAAGGGAAGACAAGGACAUCCCCCUAGUAAAUACCCAGUCUGAACAAGAAUAGAUGGAGAUCAAAACCACCACAUUACAGACCUUAACACAUUGUGUUUCUGGUGUUAAACUUGGCUGCCUCAGUGUGAGCUUGCAUAAGUGUGCAUGUCUAUCACAUUUGUCCAAGUUAUGUAACUAUACAAUGGUUCCUUAUUAUUUCCUGGACAAAAGUGAUAUAACUUUAAAGAACUGAAACUGGUCCCUGAGAUGUUUGUUGCAAGUUACCUUAUUUGUAAUUAGAAUUUUUAUAAAUGUUAUGUGAGGGUAAAGCAGGAUCGUAUAGUAUGUUUUGACCAAACAAUGAAUGUGACACAAAAUGGACCAAGUUAUUAGAGAAUGACCUGAACCUGAACAUAUUUUCACAAUGAUUCCUCCUUUGCCCAUUUUCCAAAUUUCCAUUAAAUUGAAGGACAUUUGGUUUGGCAGGUUUUGUGUAAUCCAGAAAUCCAAAUACACUGGGCAGAUUCAGAAACUCCCAGCCAAAGCUAAAGAAUGAGAUCAUCACAAUUAAAUGCGGCUAGUGAACACUGCUCUCCAAAACGUGCCUAAGAUUUCUUCAAAACUGGUGAUUUUUUUUUUUAAAUAAACAUUUCCUCUGUGAUCUGUAGCAGAUGUGUCAUUGUGGUCACUUUUGAAAGAAAAAGUUGAAAUUCUCCGCUGUCAGUCUGUCCAUGAAUUACACUUGAUGAUCCGGCUGCAUUUUCCACAGUAGUUCUCCUUGUAUUGUGUGAGUGAACAUCUGUAGACUGUAAAAACCUUAAAUGAAAUGCUCUGUAACUGAAAUGCAGCCAACAGCUCAUUUUUCUUCAGCUUAGUAAAGUACUGCAAGCAUUUCUUUGAGCUUAUUUAAUGAAAGGAAUAUUGUACUCACAAAUAUACAUUGAUUAGAGUGUAAUUACACCUUCAAUCCAUCAAAAAAACUUAGGAACGGGUGCCGAUUUGUAGAAGUUGCCAAGCCAUCGUGAAUACAGUGGCUGAGAUAUACAUUGUUUUUCAACCUAAUCCUGUUUCAUGUAUGUGGCUAGAGAAUGCCCACAUAUAUAGGACAACAUUUUUUUUUAAGGUUUUACCUUGAAGACCACAAAUAGCUCUUUAAAACUAUGUAUGGCAAUUUAUCAUCUGUAUAUGUAUAUUUUCAUCAUCUCUUUCAUCAUCCGCCUUGAGGCGACUGUUGUUGUGAUUUGAAACUGUAUAAAUACAAUUCAGUUCAAUUCAA